AUGACGGACCGACACGAUGACGCGACCGCCCGUGGUGUCGCCUCCUGUCCCUGGUCCCCCAUGAGAGGCGCUAGUCCGAUCUCUGGCAGUUCAGCUGAACGCCAAAGUCCAGACGAGAUCCAGAUCCACAACCUCUACGACGCCGGCCAACCUUCCGACGACGACGAAUCCCGAACCCUUGAUUUCGAGUCCGAGAGUGGUUCCGAUCACAAGGAGACCCAGAUGCUCGACUUCAAGCCAGAAGACCCAAAAAGCUGCCAACAAGUUCAGCCCCACCACAUGAGCGACGAUGAGAAAAUGGAGGAGAUUAUCAGCCUCGCCCGGAGGCUCGUGGCGCUCGGAGUGCCCGCGUCGAUCGAUGGAGCGCUGUUGGAUGAGGUCGACUUUCUCGUAGACUCUGCCAGCAGAGUCGUUUAUAUUGUCGACGAGCAAGAAGACCAGAUUCAUUCGAGUCGUAGCCAGUCGGUUGAGCUCUGA